AUGAAACGAAAGCUUUUGGUCAACCAUAUCCCUUCCUUUUCACAUCUUGUUUCAAACAAGAAUAGAAUCUACAACAACACUGCACUGACUCUUAAGAGAUCUUUUCAUACAAGCCAUUCUUUUCAAGCCGACUACAAAGGAGCUGGCCCCGAUCAUCCACAACGAUCCCAUUGGAGUCAACGAUUCUUACAAUUUGGUUUUUAUUCCUCUCUCGGAUUGGUUUCAAUUCUAACAGGAGCCUAUUUCUAUCUCAAAUCUAAAGAGAAGGUUACGUAUCAGAAUUUUGAUGCCCAUUCAUUCCGAUUGAUUCAUCAAGAUCCCAACAGUGGAGAUGAAUGUUUAUGGACCCAUGUUCAUCAUUUUCAAAUGAAAAGUCUUCCUAUGGCUGUGAGCAGUACGAUGGCCGUUAUCAAGUUGAAUCCUUCUUCUGAAACACAUCGAGAAGGUCAUGAUCAUAUGGAGAGUGAAUUGUGUCUGUACAAUGUUGUGGCCUUGACCGAUACAGUGCAACGAGAAUUGGAUCGAUUAGGAAAAGUGAAAAUGAUUAUCAUUCCAAGUCGUGAACAUGUGGCUUUUGCAGGACAGUAUUUUGCCAAGUUUAUUUUGCAAAAUUCAAAUAGUAGUAAGAGCGAAUAUCCAGUGUUUUAUUGUCCCCAUGAUAUUAAGGAAAGCAUUAUCGAGAAUUUAUAUGGAAAAUUGAAAACAGAGUUUCCCAAUUUGGACAAGCAUGAAAUUGUCAAACAUGUUCACACGUUGCCACCAGACAAUCGAUCCGUACCUCCUGAAUGGCCUUUACAUUGGCAAUCUCAAUUUGAGCUUCAAACAGUUUCAGGAAUGCCUUAUCUUACAGAAGUGGUUCUCUUUCACAAACCAACCAAAACCUUAAUUGCCUGUGACAUGGUUAUGAAUUACAAAGAACCAGUUCCUGUCCAUGUUGAUGAUCCUAAUCACACUCCUUUUAUCUUUAGAUAUGCCAAGUUGAUCGGUAUUUAUGGUAAAGGUCCUGUCAUUCCUGUCACAUUUCGAGCCAUGGUGCAAGAUAAGGAAAAAACAAAACAAGAGUUGCAUAGAAUUGUACAUGAAUGGGAUUGGCAAAGUAUUAUUGUUGCUCAUGGAAAUGAAAUGAUUGGAAAAACCGAUGCUGAUGUAAAAUUCCUUAAAGACGAAUAUCUCAAAAUGCUUAUCAAAAUCUUGCACUCAAUGACAAGUAAGAACGCUCUUUUGGUUUUCUGCGUGUUGCAAUAG